AUGUCGACUAAGGCCAUUCACGUGGAAUUGGUCUCCGACUUAAGCAAGGAUGCUUUAAUUGCUGCGCUGCGUAGAUUUGUAGCACGGAGCGGUAGAUGCUCACAUCUUUAUUCGGAUCGAGGGAGUAAUUUUAUCGGUGCGAGUAGAGAAUUGAAUGCCUUGGUUCAAAAAUGCGCUGAAUAUGAGACAAUUACCCAUCACUUUUUACCCGGUCACGCCCCACACAUGGGAGGUUUAUGGGAGGCUGGGGUCCGAUCCGUGAAAUCGCACCUCAAAAGGGUAAUCGGUGAUCAGAUUUUAACUUAUGAAGAAUUUUAUACCCUUCUUGUUCAAAUAGAGGUUGCGCUCAAUUCUCGACCUCUCACACCAAUCAGUUCAGAUCCUAAUGAUUUGUCAGUGCUAACGCCCGGGCACUUCUAA